AUUUUCCUGGGCGAGCGAGCCGUGAAUCCUCUUUCGGACGAGCUUCAGCAGUGAACCCUACUCUCAAACUCCACUCUACACAUCGCAACCUUCGAAAUGGCCGAGGACAACAGCGCCGCAUGGCCCCAGGCUGACCAGGCCUUGUCGCAAGAGAUCCUCGACCUCGUCCAGCAGGCGACCCACUACAGGCAGUUGAAGAAGGGUGCCAACGAAGCCACCAAGACUCUGAACCGUGGUAUUAGCGAGUUGAUCAUCCUCGCCGCUGACACUUCUCCUCUCGCCAUCCUGCUCCACCUGCCUCUUCUCUGCGAGGACAAGAACGUGCCAUACGUUUACGUUCCUUCCAAGAUGGCCCUCGGCCGUGCUUGCGGCGUUGCCAGGCCCGUUAUUGCCGCCAGCAUCACGACCAACGAGGCUUCUGACUUGAUGGGCCAAAUCCGCACUCUCAAGGACAAGGUCGAGCGCCUCCAGAUCUAAGUACGCCGAUCAUUCCAACGAGGCCACCGAAUAUCUGGCCAGGCAUCAAAAGACCAGAGUCCGCAACACUGGAAGGUCUAUGUAAUGACAACACACUAGGAUAUCCGGAUGAAAUAUUACCAGAUAUCUCUGCAUGUAGACCGAGAAUGAAAUGCUGAGCGCAAGUCGGCAUGGACUCUGCCAAAAUAAACUAUAAGUUUGCG